AUGGAUAAUCUACUCUGCGACGAGUCAUGGCUCUCUGGUUCUCUAACUCCGGAGCCUUUAGCAAACUUCCGCCGUAAUGAUGAUGUGAUGGCGAUGUCUCCGGCGAUGGAUUCAACGACGGUGGAGGAAGCCAUUACUAUGGAUUUAGAGAAAGAAACAUGUUUUAGUAAUCAUGGAGACAAGUUUAUUGAGUUUCUCGUUUCUAAGAAGUUAACCGAUGCUAGGUUUCAAGCGGUUCAAUGGUUAAUGAAGACUCGGAUUCGUCUAAAUCUUUCAUUUGAAACGAUAUUUUCCGCCGCAAAUUUUUUUGAUCGAUUCCUCUAUGUGACUAGCUGCAACGAAUGGACGAAUUGGAUGGUGGAAUUAGUCGUAGUAACUUCAUUAUCGAUUGCAUCGAAGUUUAAUGAAGUUACUUCUUCUUCACUUCAAGAAUUUCAAAUGGAAGGUCUAAAUCAUAUGUUUCACCAUAAAACCAUUCUGGAAAUGGAACUUAUUGUGCUAAAAGCUCUUGAAUGGCGUGUCAAUUCCGUCACGAGUUACUCUUUCUCGCUACUCGUCACAUCGAAAAUCGGUUCGGUAGGAGAAACUAUGAUGAUGAUGGAUCGAAUCACAAAUCAUCUCCUAGAUGAUUUAUGCGAUUUGAAGAUGCUUAAGUAUCCACCAAGUGUUGUAGCGGUUGCUGCGGUGUGGAAUGUUCUAGAAGAAAAGGCGGCUCAAGAAGUAAACCUUGGAACAAUCAUGAAUCUCUUUGGACAAGAACAUAAGGAGAACAUUGUGAAAUGUAUUGAAGUGAUGAAAUCUCGAAAGAACGAGUAUAAUUGGUCGUUGGGAAGAAAAGCAUGUGAAGUGAAGAGUCUUGUGAAUGUGUCGCAGAGAAGUGAAGUAAAGACCAUUAAUAAUUAUGGUGAUUAUUACGUUGGAGAUCUUUCUGCCAUUUUUCAGAUUUUACGAGCCGAAGGAUUGGAUAAGAAAAGAGGUAGAGAAGAUAACUAUGAAGACAAAUUUCGUCCGGCGAAAAGAAUGACAAUUGUUAUGUCAAAUUAG